AUGUCCAUCGUAUCGAUCUCGGAUGGUGUAGGCUCCAAUAUACGCGAAAAAGACUUACGGGCUUUCGCAGCCCAGCUUCACGUUGAGACCCUCGAUGACAAGGAUGCCGAGGAUUACCUUACUCUGUUAAGGUCGCUUGAGGCAGUCUUGAGAAGCAUCGACAAUGCGCCCGACUACAUUCCGCCAGAUUUGCUUCCUCAAAAGACGCUGGAAGAUCGUACUUUUUGGAAACCAGCAUCAAAAGACAACCCCUUCAACGGCUGGAGUCACCAAUGUGAUAUAAGAGCCGUGGCUCCGGUUAGCAAACUACUGGGUAGACGUACCCUUGCUAUCAAGGAUAACAUAUCUGUUGCAGGGCUACCGACCACCCUUGGCUUACCCCAGUCACUGUUCCCUCAGGGCAAUGGGUACCCCAUCUCCCCUGUUGAUGCAGUCGUGGUGUCGCGGAUUCUUGGAGCGGGGGGCACCAUUAAAGGCACGUCAACUUGCGAAAGCUUUUGUGCGUCUCCCUUGUCCUUCACCUCGGCCACAGGACCAGUCCAUAAUCCGCAUUUACACAACCACACGGCUGGCGGAAGCAGUAGUGGCUCUGCAGUCCUCGUCGCGGCUCAUCACCUAACAUCAAGAGGGGCCGUCUCAUCAAGUGGCCAAACUGUGGAAUUGGCUAUUGGCACCGACCAGGCCGGGUCAGUACGAAUCCCAGCUUCAUACAAUGGCAUCUAUGGUCUGAAGCCUACCUUCGGUUUAGUCCCCUACACUGGUGCGGGGUCCAUGUCGCCCAUGAUCGACCACUUGGGGCCGCUGGCGGCCGAGCUUGAAGAUAUUGCCGUACUGCUGGAGGUCAUGGCAGGCUACGAUGGCUAUGACCCGCGGAUGACCCCUGAAACCCCCUUGGCACAUCAGGUAAAGCCUUACCAGGAGCUGCUGCUCCAGGCGAGGCAAGAAAUCCACUCUACAUCAAAACCUGGUCACAAGCUGAGGGUUGGUCUACUGAAGGAAUCUUUCAACGUCCCCGGAGUUGCUGCUGACGUCCGAGAUAUCGUCUACCAGACAGCAACGCGAUACUUUGAAGCUGUCGGGGCCUGUGUCGUGGAGGUAUCUAUUCCAAUGCACCAACAAGGUCCGGCAAUCUGGACAGCAGCAACCAGGCCAUCCAUGUCCAGUUACCUAUGCCAGGGCAACCCCUCCGGUCACCUUUCCUUCCUGUCACCGCAUGCGCAGAUCCAAUGGCCUCCCUCCCAGGAAACAUACGACACGCUGACGUGCACCAAUCCAGCUGUAGUCAACAUCAUGCUGAGCGAGAAGUUGGUUCAGGGGUCGUCGAAAGCAGGGUUAGAGGCCAAGGCCCAUCGCAUGGUCUUUGCCCUCAGAGCUGCCUACGAUUCCGCUCUGGAGAAUGUUGAUAUCCUUGUCACGCCUUGUGCGCCGUCCGUCGCGAUGCCGCACCCGGAUCUAAACGGUCUCGAUGGGAGACCGGCCUCAGUCCUAGAUAGACUUGGUGUCGCCGUUGGCUUGACCAGCAAUACCUGUCCCUUUAAUGUUACUGGCCAUCCCGCGUUGAAUGUCCCUUGUGGUUUCUCUACAGCCGAAGGUCAUCCUGAUGUCCCACUGCCUGUAGGUAUGCAGAUUGUGACAAGACGUUGGGCGGAUGAACGGCUGAUUGAGGCUGCGGCAUUGUUUGAACUGGGACGACAGUUAUUUCACACCGCGGUGGAUAGUAGCAAAUAG